CAUAUGCUGUAACCUACCUGCCUACAGUACACAUCGGUAAGCAAGCGGGAUCAUCAGUGUGGUACCUCUUUUUGGCGAGAGAGUCAUAGCACGGGCAUCUGUUACCGCUUGCGAUUAGGGACUCAGAUGGUUUCGCUACUAGUGGAGGAUAGGUAGGGGAAAAAAACAUGAUGCCACUACCGCCGACGCCGACAUCACGACUACAAUCACCAUCUCCACCACCACAACGCUCCGGAUCUUCUCAUCAGCACUAUCAACGCCAAGAACAACCACAGCAACAACUACCUUCAUCGCCAUCGGUAAACCCUUUCGGCCCAUCGAGCACAUUGGCCACGAAGAGUAAUAAAAAGAAUAAUAAUUAUAAUAAUAAAAUUCACGACAACUACCAUCAGCACCAACAAGCCUAUUAUAAUCGUGGUGGGGCUUCUUCGUCCAACGGAUUUAAUGGUGACGGUAAGGGUGAAGGUUAUGGUAACGGAAACGAGAUAAUUAGUGAUGGUGGAGAUGGAAAAUUAAUAACAGCAAGAGGAACAACGACAGGAACGAGAACAACAAGAAGUGGAAGUAGUGCAAGUCAAAUUGGUAACGGUACUUCUUCUCCUAGCGGUAUAGUCCGGCUGACUGGAUUUGGCCCGAAAAUCGAAGGGACAGGAAAGACCGCGACUACCUCGACUACUACUACAACUACAGCUACAACUACGACGGCGUUAACUCAAACCGCCGCUAGUCAAAGUCAAUCUCGUCCCCAUCUGCAUCCGAAUAUCCAUCUAGCUGGAGAAGAGACCCAUCAAAAACCCCGUCCCCUAAUUUAUCAGUCCACCAUUAUUUCCAAUUCUUCUAGUUCCAAUCCCAAUUCUAAUCCCAACCCUCCCAAUCCCCCUCCGCCCAGAACCUCGUCGCUUCUUCCGCCGCCUCGCAACACGAACGCGAAAAUAGUAUCCCCCGUCGGUGUUUUCGAUCCCUCUAUUGCUUCUCCACGACUUCAUUCGCGACACCAUUCGCGAUCAAGUAGCAUCGGCGGCGCUAGCGACGGUUUCCGAAAUCUCAACCGCUGGUCUAACUCCACCGCCUCGAGCCGCGCAUCAAAUCCCCACCGCGACCGCGAUUACCAAUCUCAGCAGCAACAGCAGCAAUCAGCACCACCGCUUCAACAACAACAGCAGCAGCAGCAAGGCCUUCAAUCUCCACCACGAAAAUUAAUCAAGCGACGACCCUCAACCGAUACGAGUGCAUCUCCGCGAACUCGUCGCCCAUCGCCGCCACCUCCGCCGCCGUCUUCUUCCACGCCGCCGAAUCUUCCUCCUAUAAUUUCUCUCCCUCCCCUCGACGCGAAUCCGGAGUCUGUCGCUCGUACCUCUUCACCGCGCCUAGUUAGUCGUGUGAGCCCGGCCGAACCGCAAGACCACUUCUGGGAUGACCUAGCUCGUCUGAACACGGCUGCUAGAGAAAAUUCUGGAUUACUCCCAGCGGCACCUGUUAUUCGUGACGCCAUGACUGAUAGGAAGAACCAUGCGAGAGGUCGCUCCUCGGCGACAAGAGGUAGCACAGACUCUACUAAAGCCAGAGAUCGCGCCAACAAGCCCUCACAGAAAGCUAUGCUAUCAAAGGCUUUAGGAAAAGCAAACGCGGCUGUUCGACUGGAUAACGCCCAGACCUACGGCGCGGCUAGGGACGCCUAUAUAGAAGCCUGCGAUCUCUUACAACAGGUCCUUGCUAGAACCAAUGGCGAUGACGACAGAAAAAAGCUGGAAGCGAUUCGACUCACGUACACUAGCCGGAUAGAUGAGUUGGAGGCACUGGUGCCCACGUAUACACAAAACGAUAAAGCAUUACCCGCAAGACCAGAAAGCGACGAUUAUCAUGGAGCUCAGGUCGAGUUAGUUGGUGCUGAAAGCCCUGUGGAAGAGAAUAGAGGGGAAUCGCCCACCGCAGAUACUCCUCAACUUCGAGCCUCGCCAAACCUUGGCCUAGACCAACGCUUGCCUCAAUCAUCUUUCUCGAGAUCUCAAAUGCGCCGAAAUUUUGAGGGUACUUCUCUAAGUCUACCACAGUCGCAAGACUCGGGGUAUAUGCCCGCCCCACUAUCACCUCGGAGAGCAGUCUCGCCCGCGAAACCACCGACUCCGGAACCGAUCGUACGACAGGAUUUCUCUUUGCCAUCCGAAAGGUUAGUGGCGGAAAAUGGCACUAGAAGCCAUAGACGAACCAUAAGUCACGAAUCAGCAUCGUGGCUGGAUCCCAUCGAUGAAUCGGGCGGUUCAACUACAUCCUCAGUGCACUCGAGGACUUCAUCGCUUGGACUGAGGAGGAAACACAUGCGGCAUACUAGUGGCAAUACGGAAGCUGAAUUUGACGCCGCUUUGGAUGCCGCAGUCGAAGCUGCCUAUGACGAUGGCUACGAACCUAUGGACUCAUACGAGACGGCAUACGACGACGACAACAACCCCGACGGCGACGUUGUAUUAAAUGCGAUGCGCAAAGUGGAGCUUGCUAAAGAAAGAGUCCGACAAACUGAACGUGAGGCAGCAAUAGAAUUGGCCCGGGAACGCGAGCGCCAGAGACAGAUGUCCAUAGACCAGAAGCCUCAGACCUUCAGCGGGGACUUCUUUGACGCAAACGAUUCUGAUGAGGACGAACACGUUUUGGAAGAAAUAGCUAGGAGAUCUGUGAUGGAAGAUUUUUCUUUUAAUCGGCGAUCUCAGCAAUCGCAGUCCAAAGUUCCUAGAGAGUCUGAUUCUAGCGGGAUGACCUCUCGAACAUGGCAUAGCUCAGUUGGCUCGAACCCUCCGACCGCCACGACGGUGCUCUCGACGGUCACCGAAAUGCCACCACCAGCAGCCCUCCCUAAAACGGCGCCACCAUCCAUACCCUCUCCACCACAGCCAUUGCCUCAGGUUUCUCCCCAGGUAUCCCCUACCUCUGGAGUGCGCAAUCGCCGUUUCUCCGGUCAGAAUCUCAAACAACUCAAGAUUGAGACAUCGAAGCUCGGCCAACCGCCAUCGAUCUCUACAUCUGGAUUGCAAACAAAACCUUCAAAUAGCUACGCUGCACAGCAACAAAGGCAAGCAAUGUCAGCGACGUCAACACGACCGGGGCCCUUUUCCAUGCGUGCACCCUCCUCUCCCGCCAGAGGUAUUAGUCCGGCAGAGGGCUUCGUCCCCCCAAGUCCACCAACCAAUCAGGCAACUGGUGGCCAGGAAUCCGACGAGCUUCGAACGGACUCACCAGCCUCCAUUCGGCCGGGUAUACGCAAGAACUUCUCAUCCUCUAGUCUGAAGUCCCUCAGGACGCGACAAUUUUCCAUUUCACACAUUGACGACUCUGACCUCUCACCCAACACCCCUCUCACUCAUCAAAUUUCGAAUACUUCAGUUGCCCGCCAGCCCAUGAUACCUACAUUGCCCACUCCGCUUGCGGCCGCCUUCCAUGAAAGGAUGACGGGAGGUAUUGGUGGCUUGCACCUUUUCGACUCUGAUUUUCAUUCCCCGACUACCCAUUCACCAAACCAACUUUAUCACCACCAUCACCUUCACAACAACCCCGACGUACCAGUACCUCUAGAGCCUUGUCCGUCCGAUCCUAUGCUACGACCUUUCUGGCUUAUGCGUGCUUUGUACCAGACUCUUGCACACCCGCGCGGUGGAUAUAUAAGCAACCGCCUUUUUAUCCCUCGAGAUGCAUGGAAAGUCAAGGGCGUGAAGUUGCGCGCCCUUGAAGAUAAGAUUGGACAAUGUGACCUGCUGACUGCCGCACUCCUUAAGCUGGCGAGGGUAGAUAGCAACGACGCGGACGCGGUUCUCGAGGAGAUGCAGAGCUUCGAGAACAUCCUUGAGAUGGUACAAAUGACGCUCACACGUAAGCUUGGCAAUGAGGUCGGAACGCAAGGUAUGAGUGCCUUCCGAGAUGAAAAGGAUACGGAGGCCGCGCCGCCUGUACCACGCAGUGCUAGCGUCAGCGGGAAAGGAGGCGCGUUCAGUUGGCGAAGGCUCAGAAACAAAGGCUCAGCUGCCAAUAUGACCAAUGCAUAUGGAGGGAAGAGUAACAGUGGCGGAAGCAAUGGUCCCAGUGCAAACGAAAGGGAUAUAACAAGUUCGAUCGGCUCAAUCCCAAGUCUACCCAUGACCGCCCACCCGAGUAGUAAGCCUGCGAAGAGAGAUGUGGCGUCAGCGGGUUUUGAUGGGCCAUACGCGAAUUAUAUGGCGAGUUUAGCACGCCUGUUCGAUGCUGCGCAAACCGUUGAUCAAAUCGCCCGCCAAGUCGAAGACCCGGGGUUACGUCACGCCGACAAGACUCAAGUUGGGCUAGAGCUGUGUACUAGACACGCAGCCGAGUUUUUCGGUUUUUACAUCUGCCGCUUCGUGUUAGCCGAUCUAGCAUUGCUACUCGAUAAAUUCGUCAAAAGAGGCAGCGAAUGGGUUCUCGCUUAAGAAUAGGGGAAAAUAGGGCUGCUAAUUUGCCCAGUGUGAUAUGGAAUGCAGCCUGGUAUUUUGAUGCCUUUGUGCGGUCA